AUGGAUACUAUUAUCACAAUAAGUGCUAUUGUCGAUAGUCGACAACCUGCGGAUUCCGAUGAAACCUCGAUACCUCGUGGAAAUCAUGCUGCGAUACCGAAUAAAAUGAAUCAGAAGGCAAUACAUGCAUUACUAUGGAAACUGGAUAAAUGCUUGAUACCAUUUUUAACUCUACUCGAAUUGUUCUCAUUUUUAAAUCGGAUUAAUAUUGGCAAUGCCAAAAUUGCUGGUAUUGAACAUGCUCUUAAUUUGACUCAAAUGGAAUCCAGUUGGGCAGUAUCGAUAUAUUUCAUCGGUUUUAUGCUUCUCGAAAUUCCAUCUAAUUUGAUUAUGCGAUACAUCGGUCCAUCGAAAUUUCUGUCAAUUAUUAUGAUCAUUUGGGGUCUAAUCAUGGUAUCAAUGGCAUUUGUACGAAAUGCAGCUGAACUUCUAGUCACACGAUUUUUUUUGGUGAAUACAAAAAUUCCAAUCUAG